AUGGCCGAGUCUACCGGGCCAAUACUCCAUGUCAUUGUCGUUGGUUUUCAUCACAAGAAAGGUUGUCAGGUUGAGUAUUCAUUUCCUCCACUUGUUCCUGGAGCUCCAAAUGAAUGUCCUCUAGGUUGGAAAUACCUUCCUACCUUGGCAUUACCUGACGGUUCGCAUAAUUAUGAUGAAGAUACAGUUUAUUUUCAUCUACCGAGUAUCACUGAUCCAAAAAAAACAGUAUACGGAGUUUCAUGCUUUCGUCAAAUUCCUGUUGAAAAAUUAAAAAAUCGAACUUCUGAUAUGACAAGAGGAACUGUACAAAAAUCAGUUUGUGUUUUAAGUACACUACCACUUUAUGGACAUAUUCAAGUAAAAAUGCAAUUAAUAACUCAUGCAUAUUUUGAUGAAGGAGAUUUUAGUAAAGUAUCAUUAUUAGAAGAUACUUUCAGACAUCUUAAUGCUUGUAUGAGUAGUGACAAACAAGUACCGCCUCAAGUAUUUGUUGGUUUAUCAGCAAGAGAUUUUAUAAUCCUAUUUAGACAUAAAGCAUUAUUGUUAUUUAAAUUACUACUGCUUGAGAGAAAAGUUGUAUUCUAUCAAUCACCUGUUCAGCCGCUUUGCGCAGCAAUACUUACAUUGUUGUCAUUACAUCCGGGUAUGAUUGAAAGCGGGUUGCAACGAGCAGCAUGUGUUAGGCAAACCAUCGAGACCAAUGUCACCGAUUCCAAAUUUCGAUAAGGACGAUGAACAUAUGUCUUGUGUAGAUAAUAAUUCUAUUUUAACGUCAAACGUUGAAACAAAUAAUUUAUAUUGUGUCGAUGGUGAUCAAAGUGACCGUACUAAUGAAAAUUCACUGUGUAAUAAUGAAAACAAAAAUACAGUCGAAGAAAAGUAUGUAAAUAAUUCAAUAGACAAUUCAUCGUUAUUACUGAAAAACAACAAUGAUAAUAAUUUAAAUAGUAAAAUAAUAGAAGUUGCCUCGACAACGGAAUUUAAUGAUACUUACAACAAUCAUGAUGAAACAAAUGACUCUAAAGAUUUGAAUAAAUUAACAGACAAUGUUCAUCGUGUACAAAGUUCAAAUGCUAUUAAUUUUACGAUGGACGAAAAUGAUGGAAUUUUACCCAGAGAUACAAGUAACGACGCACUUUCUGAUGCACGAGUUACUUCUAAUAUCACACAGUUGGCUCAUGUAAACUCAGAACUAUGUGGAUUACCUCUUAAUAUUUUUACUGAGGGGUACCUUUGCUUGCCAUAUCUAUCUUUACCUUACUUGGAUCUUCUUGGAGACAUAAAUGUAAGAGGAUACAUUGUUGGAGCAACAAAUGUUUUAUUCAAACAAAAAAAACAACUUAUAGAUGUUCUUAUUGAGGUUGAAAGUGCAAGAAUAGAGGCAACAGAUCCAGAGCUUCGCCGUCAACUCCAUUUAACCACAGAAGAUUUAAGAUUUGCUGACUAUGUUGUACGACAUGUAGCAGAACCUCGUAGAGAUGUCUUCUUGGAUGGCGUAGGGUGGGAAGGAGGUGAUGAAUGGAUUCGAACACAAUUUCGUGUUUACCUUCUUAGUUUACUCCGAACAUCAAUGCAGCAAGAUACACGACAGUCGGAUCAUUUCAAUGGAGCAUUUGUAGCCGCUUGGAAAACUACUAACAAUUAUAAUUUGUGGUGUAAUUCUGUUAAAACAGAGAUCAAUAAUAUUGAACCGGGACAUCCAUUUGCGGGACAACUAUCUGUUCAAGAUAUGAAAUUAAGGUUUUCCCAUACCAUGCAAAAUACUGAAAGUGGAAGAAAAAUAAAUCAAGCAAUGGCAACUACUGGGAGAGCCGUUGCGACUACAGGAAAAGCCGUCGGCGGUGCACUUUCUCAAGCUAAAGGCGCUUUUUCAAACUGGUGGAGCACAUUGACGACAAUACAACCCGAAGAAGUUGAAGUACGAAACGAUAAUGUUAACCAGGGUAGUGAUACUUCAAAUGACAAUGAUAGUGAAAUUAAAAAAGAAAGUAACAAUCAUAUUAUUGAGGAGCUGGAUACUCCUAUUAGUAGUACUGGUACUACUGUAGAGGUUGAUUAA